UUUCAUGGAUUACCAGUCCAACACGCUGAGCAAUUUCUCACGGGAAGAAAGAAGUUCCAUCACCAAAAGUAGGAGCUCUGAUCUACCAGAGGAAGCCCUCAUGGCUGAGAUAUUAGGAUCCGCGGUUGCGAGCGAGUCCGUGAGCAGAAUUUUCUCGAUCCUAUCAGGCAACUCGAGAGAGGAUGGGGGUGCGGAGGACAACGCCGAGAGGCUGGAGUUCGCGGUGCUGAAGAUCCACAGCGUUGUGGCCGUCGCCGAAGACUGGCGCAUACUCCACCAACCAUUGCUGGACUGGAAGGCGAGGCUGAAGCGCGUAGCCGAGGAAGGCGAUGGCAUCCUGCGCGCUCACAGGAGGAGGUCUGCGGAGCGCGAACGGGACGAGGGGGUUGCGAGGAAGGCUGUUCCCGUUCACAAGCGCGUCACUCGGGCAGCGGCACGCUUCUUGCCUUUCCGCCGCGGCAAGGACGACGACGGUGAUCCGGGCGAGGCGACGGUGCGGAGGUUCGAGAGGCUAGCGCAUGUCGCCGAUGAGUUCUUCCGUUACGUCCAGCUUGGGGGCCGCCCGAAGAGCUUGACGGUGUCCAUGGAAGUUCCUGCGGAGCCUCUGCUUGCAGGGAAGACGCUCGAGUUCUCCCUCAGGAACGGCAGCCGGGACGCCCUCCUGCUGCUCCACCCGUGCGACGGCAACGGGGAGGUCGUUCUGUUCCUCUCCUGCGACGACAGCGCGGCGUGGGAGAAGAACGUGAAGCUCUGCGUGGUGUUCCAGCUACUCGAGCGUACCGACAUAUUGGAUAUCGUCAUGUCUUCCUUGCAGCUGCUGCCUCCCCAGUUCGGCGCCGCCUGUGCGACGGCGAGGGAGUUCGUCAGGGAGGCGCGAGCGCAGGAAACGAGCUAUGCCAGCGCGUCGUCCAUGUCGAUGCGGUGCGUCUCAUCGGCGUGGAGGUGUCACCGCAAUUCCACGGACGGGGGAUGCGCGGCGACCGACGGCAUGCCGCGGCUGCCGUGGCCGAUCGUUCGAGUCGACGCCGUGUACUUCGCCAUGCCGCAGAACUAUUCGCCGGAUGCGCCUGCGGACCAGAACAAGCUUCUGAAAUUGGCAUGUCAUAUCACUCCCCAUCUUGUGCCCGAGACGUACUCCCGGCACUACCGGCAGAUUGGGACGGAAACACUGCAAGAGCUGUCACCCGAAGUGGCCGACGAAGGAGCUUCAGCUUGCGGACGGGAGGCUGCGUGGUGGUGUCCUCGCAGCUCAACGUUUUUGUCGGUGGAACCAGAGUUUUCGGUGCCGCCGCCGACGCUGCAGCAGUUGUUCCUGGUGCAAAGCUUGAAGGGGGCAAUGUAGUUCUUGGCUUCUCGCACUAGUAGCAGAAGCGAUGCAAUUUUUCAGUUUUACUCCCUCCGUUCCUAAUUACUUGUCAUAGAUAUGGAUGUAUUUAGAUACAUCCAUUUCUGCGACAAGUAAUUUGGAACGGAGGGAAUAUUAUGCAAUAAGGGGGCAAUGUAGAUCAUGCCUAAGUGACAUCUUGUAAUUUCUUACUUUUAUGUUUCACACAAAUGAUAACGCCCACACAUGUGGUAGUUUUACAA